AUGGAAGAAGUACGGGUUGUACCUGCAUGUUCUGAGCAAUUAAAGCCUGUAGUUGGUCAGAGGUUCGAAUCAUUAGAGUUUGCACUCGCGUUUUAUGAUGUGUAUGCUAGGGCCGUUGGGUUUGACACGCACAAACAAGGUGUGAGGAAGGUGGAUGAAGUUACAACGUGGUAUUAUGUCGUAUGCAAUAGGGAGGGCCAUAAGAAGUCCAUCGACGAUGACCAGUUGAAUGCACGUUCCGGUUUCUCAUUGAAGCGCCGACGCUUAUCGAAGAGAUGUGGUUGUAACGCUAGUAUUUCCUUCAAGUAUUUCUCUGAUAAUGGACAUCCAGGUUAUAUGGUACAGGAUUUCAACGAGGUUCAUAACCAUGAUAUGGUUGAGUCAAAGCAUCAGCAGUUUAUGAAUGCUUCACGCGACAUCAGGAAUGCUUCACGCGACAUUAAAGCAUAUGCGCAUGGUUUCGAUGUGCAAAUGGUAUUGGACGACAUGGCUAAAAAGAAGGAGAUGUCUGAGUCGUACACAUAUCAUUAUGAGGUUAACGAAAACAACCAGUUGGUUGCGUUAUUUUGGUGUGACGGCUUAAUGAAAAGGAAUUACCAUAUGUUUGGUGACAUUGUAGCCUUUGACACCACCUAUAACACAAACAGGUAUUGCAUGAUAUUCUUUCCUUUCACGGGGAAGGACAAUCAUGGAAGCCCUGUAACCUUUCCGGCUGGCUUGGUAUGCAAUGAGAAAACAUGGGCGUUUGGAUGGUUGUUUAGACAUUUUGUUGAAUGCAUGGGCAUAGCACCGAAGAUGAUCUUGACAGAUCAAGACAAUGGAAUGAGAUCAGCCAUUGAAGAGGUUCUGGUUGGCACGCAACACCGAUGGUGUAUGUGGCACAUAAUGCACAAAUUGUCCACCAAGGUCUCAAAUAGGUUGCUCAGGGAUGAAGCUUUCAAGAAGGAAUUCAGUGCAUGCGUUUGGUCUGAUCUGCUUGAGCCUGACGAAUUUGAAGAGGAGUGGAAAAGAGUUAUGGAAAGUCAUGGGUUGGAAGACUUUGACUGGUUUAACUCAUUGUACGAACACAGGCAUGUCUGGAUACCGGCAUAUUUUAGAGAUUUUCCACUGGGUUCGAUGAUUAGGACAACAUCCAUUUCUGAAUUGGAGAACAGUUUCUACAAAAGAUUUUUGAAGCCCCGUGCGAACAUAGCCGAGUUCUACUUGAAUUUCAACCAUUCUUUUGAGUUUCAGCGUAACAGUAGGACGCCGUUAGACUACCAUGAUGCCACUGUUUUUCCCAUUUUGGCCACUACCUUGCCGUUUGAGAAACAUGCUUCGACGCUUUACACCGAUACGAUGAACCAUGAGUUGAAGAAAAUACUAGAAAAAUACUGCCAAAGUAGAUGGAUGAAGACUCCGCUAGCCAAGGCGGUCAAUGGGGAAAUUCAUGAUGAAAUUCCUACCAGGUCUGUUGUUGAUGAUAGGCAAGCAGUGUCAAAGCAAGGCAUUUCUAUGUUCUAUGGUUUCCUCCGGCGGUUCGAGGGAGACAUUGAAUUGCUAAGGGCAUUUGUAGGUGGUGUGGAAGACCUUGGUAAUUCUCUACAAGCUGGGAAUCCGACAAUGUCAGCAACUGAAAAAAGGCGAAUGAUUGAAGAGUUCUAA